AAAAAUAGUAAAAGAGAUAAAAGAGCCGUUCAUCCAUCCUCAAACAGCUGCACACAAGCAACCAGCGGAGCGCCGUUUCCCGUUUUCUACCACCAGGGGCAGAAGAGAGCCGACGCGACGCUCUAGCCGCUGGUCGGGAAUUCUCUCCCCCCCCCCUCCACUGGGGGAAUCUACUUCCGGGUGGGCCUUUCUGUUCGCGGCUACGAGCGGCGGAGGCGGAGGGGGAGCUGCGGUGGUCGGGGGAGCUUCGGCUGGAGGAAAGCCGAAGGAAAUGUCCUCCGAAUCCAGCAAGAAGCGGAAGCCGAAGGUCAUCCGCAUGGAUGGAGGGCCGCAGGAAGGCAAGCGGAGCAGAUCGGACAUUGAUCAGGACACCAGGUAUUACAGCGAAGAGGCCGAGGUGGAACUGCGGGACCCCAACCGAGAUUAUGAACUUUACAAACAGACCUGCCAAGAUCUUCAGAGGCUGAUGGCAGAAAUCCAGGAGCUGAAGAGCAAAGGCCACAAGGACAACGCUGCGGAAAUCGAAGAGCGACGCAUCCAGAGCUGCGUCCACUUCAUGACUCUGAAGAAGCUCAACCGCUUGGCUCACAUUCGGCUGAAGAAGGGAAGGGACCAGACUCACGAGGUGCGGCCGAGUCUAAAGGGGAGAAGAUGCAGGGAAGUGUGGAAUAAAUGGACCACGUCGGGACAGUGCGGGAGGGCUUGCAACCUGCGGGCUGCAGCUUGCUACUGGGGCGCAACAUAUUGGCCACGGAGCAGCUCGACGGUGCUCACACGCAUAUGUGCACGUACACGGCCCUGCUCGCUCCAGCAUCAUCCCACGCGCUCGUGGCCUCGCCCUCGCAUGCCCCUGCCCCUCCCACAAACCCAUCCCAUCUCCCUCCCUUCUCUGGGCCACGAACCCUCAGAGAUUGGGGAAGCCUGAUCUCAACUCUCUAAC